UCUAGAUCCGUGGUGAAUAUGGACGACCUGUUAAAAAUGGAGGGUGAACUAGUUGCCAAUCUGGAAAGUUAUGCUGCUGUGCUUACCAAUAAAGCCAAAACUAUUAGGAGGGGUGUUCUCCAGAUGAAGGAAGUGCAUCAGAGAAUGAAGAAGGAAAAACUCACGGAAUUCAGAGCCUUGAAUAGUUAUUCCCUCAUUCGACACAUGCAGGCAGACUGGCUGAUGUGGAAUCAGUAUUUGGAGCACUCUUCUUAUGCGGAACACUUAGCUUUUGUAGAGUCAAAGAAAGAGUUUUUACCAAAGGAACACGACUUUUCAAUGCACACUGGCUGUCCACUCAUCGUGGGUUCGAAGUGGGUGGUCAGCAAGUGGAUAGACGAUAAGCGACAAGAGUUCAGGAGGCCCUGCAUCGACAUUAAAGCAAAUUCUAAGCAUUCGUUAUCUGUAGAAAAGCUAUUCUAGCUCAUAUUAUUUUAAGUUGUAUUAAUAAUAAGCCUCUAAAAUUGUAUACUUUGUACCGAGGCAAUUCUAAUUGCAUAUUAAGGUGAAACUAAAAGGGGCAUAAUGUAAUUAUAAAA